AUGCUGGUCAAGUUCACUUGGUGCAUUGACAAGCGUCUGCUCAGCCUUGCCAGGUUGUGUCGCCGAAGAUGUCGUGUUCCCUGGGUGCGACAUCUUGUAUUGCGGAUCCAGAAUUCAUUGGUGUUAACCCACUCUGGCAUCGAGCAGCUGCCGCGCACCUUCCCGGGACUCGAACAGCUGUGCGUUCAGGUCAUCGAUGGGCCUUAUAACACAGAGAUGGCCGCGAGCGAGCCAGCUUGUGUGCUUCCGUGUGUGCGCGAGCUGACCACAGCCUGCAAAGUGUUGCCUGCAGUUCUCCCAUGCACACCAUUUGUGAACAAACUGAAGAUUUGGAAUGAAGCUGCCGGGAGACUGCUGUUUACGCUCCAGCGCAUCGAGAGGUAUAUUCCGCCCACGAUAACUAACGUAGCAUUGCAGUCGGAUAAUGGCAAUUACUCCCUUUGGUCCGGGAUCCUUGCCUUCUUCCCGAACCUGCGCACCCUCGAUUUCCGUGUCAAAGAGUCCAGCGGUGAUUCUCGGCCAAGCGAGGCCCCUCACUUCCUCGCCAGCCUAUCGACCAUCCUUCCGCCCACUCUCGAAAGUCUCCGUGUCCAUAUUUGGUCCUCAAGGGCUGUCCUUCCCGGGGGGCAAACGGGAAGAGUGGGAUUGAGCCGUCUUCCAAGCGCGGAUGAGCUCCAGGCAGAACUACUGAAAGGGUGUGGCGGUCUCACGGCAGAUAGUUAUCCCGCGAGUAGGAGCAGGGAUGGGCUGCGACGGUCGAUUUGGCGUGGCUUGAGUAAUCCCUCACUUUUCGCUGGCGAGUCUGACACCCAGGGUGGCGGCCUCUACUGGGCGGAAACAAGCGGCGUGAAAUCAGCCCGCGGACGGCCCGGAUGGCAAGCAGCAGGGCACAACCGAAGGCGGGGACAAGUCGCUACGCGUGUUCAAGUUUUUCACGGUCUACUGCCCCCACCGACGGGCGCUCCGCCUUCCGCAGACACCACCGGCCCGUUCGCCGAUGCUGCAAUCGAUUCCCAUUCCACUCCUCUCCACCUGCCCCCAUGUCCUCUCCAGUCCCCGUCUUCGACGCAAAAGCGAUGCCCUUCCGCCGGUUGGGCCCCAGCGGUCUGCGGCGUGCCGCUCUCUUCUCUCGGCGGCUGGCUCACCCUCGGAGGCUCCGUCGUCGGCGAGAGCGUCAAGGACAUCAUGCAGGCCGCCUUCGAGAAUGGGAUCAACAUGUUCGACACCCUGGAGGACUACCAGAAAGGUGCGGCUGAGCGCGAAAUGGGACACGCUAUCAAAGAACUUGGCUGGCGCCGCACGGACCUCGUCAUCUCAACCAAGAUAUUCUGGAGCCACGAGCCAGGCACGGGCCCGAACGACACGGGGCUGUCGCACAAACACGUUAUCGAGGGCACGAAGGCUUGUUUGCGACGGCUCCAGAUGGACUAUGUCGACGUCAUCUUCGCGCAUCGUUGCGAUACCACCGUUCCGAUGGAGGAGAUCGUCCGCGCAUUUAACUAUGUUAUCGACCAGGGCUGGGCUUUCUACUGGGGCACCUCCGAGUGGAGCGCGCACCAGAUCGAGGAGGCGCAUCAUGUUGCCACGCGCUUAAACCUCAUCGCGCCGAUCGCGGAGCAGUGCAAGCACAAGUCUGCGCCAUCUUCUUUCUUCCUUCGAAAUAAUGCUGAGGAGACGAUAGCAUGUUCCACCGCGAACGUCCGGAGAAGGAAUACGCGCCCCUUUGUACGCCAAGUACGGCCUGGGCACAACCGCAUUCUCUGCACUGCAGGGCGGACUGCUGACGGGGAAGUACAACGAGGGCAUCCCAGACGGCACGCGCUUCGCCACCGUGCCCAUGUUUCUGGGGCGACGGAGGGUCCCCAGGGCGAAGAGCUGCUUUGGAAAGUGCGUCUCCUCAGCCAAAUUGCUGCGGGUGCGUCGUUUCUCCCCGACUUGCUGAACUCUGGGCGGAACCGCGCUGGCGCUCGCCUCGAGGCGAACCUCGGCGCGCUUGAGGUCCUGCCCAAGCUGGAUGCUGCGGUGUUGGCGCGGAUCGAGGCUGUGUUGGGUAACCGCCCGCAGGAGCCGGAGACGUAUGGUCGCCCGCCGCUGGAUCAGGGCAUCCUUUGA